AUGGCCCUCUCACCAUUUGCAUCUCGCUCGCCUUCGAUGACAGUCGCAUCGCCCAACUCUGCGCUACAUCUGAAAGCUGCUGCAGCUCAACAUGUACCUAGCCAAGCCGCCGCUGCCAAGCUCGAGUCGAACCCGGAACGUGAGCUCACGGAACAGCUAAACGAUGAUGUGCGACGGAAAUACGUCAAGGGCAAGAAGCUAGGCGAAGGAACGUACGCCAUCGUAUACUUAGGACACUUCCGCGAGGACCCCUCCUCACUCGUCGCCAUCAAAAAGAUCAAAGUCAAUGCCGAAUAUAAAGAUGGACUCACUAUGGAUGCUAUUCGAGAAGUCAAGUACCUCCAGGAGCUAUCUCAUCGGAACGUGAUUGCCCUUCAUGACGUGUUUUCAUCCAAGGAUCAGAACCUCAAUCUGGUCUUGGAAUUCCUUCCGCGGGGUGAUCUUGAGAUGUUGAUCAAAGAUGGUGAUAUUCACUACGGUGUGGGUGAUGUCAAGGCCUGGAUGGGCAUGCUGGCCCGAGGAGUAUGGUUCUGCCAUGAGAACUUUGUGCUACAUCGAGAUAUCAAACCCAACAACUUGUUGAUCGCGGCCGAUGGCGAGGUCAAACUGGCAGAUUUUGGUCUGGCGCGAUCAUUUGCGGACCCUUACCUCAACAUGACCCACCAGGUGAUCACGCGCUGGUAUCGACCUCCCGAGCUGCUCUUCGGUGCCAAGCAAUAUUCCGGCGCCGUGGAUGUCUGGUCCAUGGGUAUGGUGUUUGCAGAGUUACUCUUGCGUGUUCCGCUGUUGGCUGGGAUGUCAGAUCUCGACCAGAUUAGCAAGAUCUGCGAGGCCUUUGGCACACCCACCGAAGAAAACUGGCCUGGGGUGACGCAAUUGGCCAAUUACGUGGCGGACAAGGCGGUGCCGGUGCAAGGACGAGAGUUCUUCCUUCGGCAAUUCCCUACGGCUGGCCCGGUAGGAGCUGAUCUGCUCAUGUCGAUGUGUGUGUUGGACCCUCGCAAACGCGCUACUGCGCUGCAGGUCUUACAGCACAGGUGGUGGACUACCGAGCCGCGUCCGACCAAGAAUGAAGAUCUCCCGCGGAAGUCAGGGACGAAGAAAAUGGGCGAAGAUUUAGGCCGACGCGGGGGCGAGAUCGAUGACGGUCCCUUUAAGAACGCGGCCCGGCAGUUGGACUUUGGAGCCAUGAAAUAA